GUGUGCGAUAAGUGGAACUCUCUAACUGACUUUCAGUAUACUUUUAAAUUGGCAUUUCCUCCUGCCUCAGGGGGAAAAUCAGCAAACAAGGCUCCACAUCAGCCCUGAAUUUCAAGUUCUAAGACAGGAGAAAGCUUGCUGGCACAUACUGGGAACCUACCUAACAAAUACUUUGCAACACAGUGUUUGCACCAAGAAGUACGAAACAGCUUAAGACUUCUGAAUUAAAUCAAUCAACAUUAAACUUAACCAAAACAGCCCUUGUUUUGUUUUCCUAGGAUCAGGGGACCAUGGACAUCGAAGCCUAUUUUGAAAGAAUUGGCUACAAGAACUCUAAGAACAAGUUGGACUUGGAAACAUUAACGGACAUUCUUCAGCACCAGAUCCGAGCCAUUCCCUUUGAGAACCUUAACAUGCACUGUGGUGAAUCCAUGGAGUUAGACUUAGAGGCUGUUUUUGACCAGGUUGUGAGGAGGAAGCGGGGUGGGUGGUGUCUCCAGGUUAACCAUCUUCUAUACUGGGCUCUGACCACAAUGGGUUUUGAGGCCACAAUGCUGGGUGGUCAUUUCUACAUCUCUCCAGUUAAAAAGUACAGUAGCGAAAUGAUUCAUCUUCUGGUUCAGGUGACCCUUGGUGACAGGAACUACAUUGUCGAUGCUUCAUGUGGAUUCUCCCACCAGAUGUGGGAGCCCAUGGAAUUAGUCUCUGGGCAGAAUCAGCCACAGGUGCCUUCUGUAUUCCACCUGACAGAAAAGAAUGGAACCUGGUAUCUGGACCAGGUCAGAAGAGAGCACUAUGUGCCCAACCCAGAAUUUGCUAAUUCUAGCUUCCUUCCAAAGGAGAAAUACGAAAACAUCUACUUGUUUACUCUUCAACCUCGAACAAUUAAAGAUUUUGAGUCUGUGAAUACAUACCUUCAGACAUCUCCAACAUCUGUGUUUGUAAACACAUCAAUUUGUUCCUUGCAGACCAAGGAUGGGGUUCACUGCUUAGUGGGCUCUAUGUUCAUUUCUAAGAGAUUCAAUUAUAAGGACAACACUGAUCUUGUGGAGUUCAAGGAUCUGAAUGAGGAAGAAAUGGAAAAAGUUCUGAAAACUGCAUUUGGUAUUUUUUUAGAGAGAAAGUUUGUUCCCAAACAAGGUGACCAAUCCUUUACUGUUUAAGAUGAGAAACAAAACUGCUCUUCACUAUGAUUAUAAGUAUCUAGACUUUUCAUUGUAAAAAUUCACUGCAAAUAUGUUUCUAAUAGAAUAGCAAGUUCUGAUGUAAUCAUACCUAGUUCAACAGUGAUCAGCUGGUUGUCUAUUGUACCCUUUAUCUACAUUUUAUAAGGAAAUCUUAGGUAUAAUUCUAUUUAAUCUGUAAAAAAUUA